AACUGCUUUGCCCCUUGUAUCAGUUGGCAGCGCUGUCCUUGGCAAACAGAUGCAGAGCUGAGCUUAGUUCUGAGAUUUUGAGAUCCUUCACCUUGAUUUCAACACAGAAGAAGCUUGGGUUUGGAAGAACCAUCUCUGUCGUUUAGAGAACUUGAUUUAAAGGUCGUUAAUAUGUGGGGUUAGAAGAAUUUGAAGAUGCCGAGGACUUGAAGGGCUACUUGAGGGACAGGUUAGUCUGAAUUGGUGAAAGUGUCAGUGAUAAUAGAUGUGAGUCCUUCGAGUGAUAGAAAAACCAGCAAAACAUGAAUAGUUCCUUUUGGUCACAAGGAGACAGUUCCAAACCUGAUUUACUUUGUGGGAAUAUACCUGAUUACCUUGUAACAAAGCAACAUUUCCCACUGCUCAUAUGUUUCAUUGGUGUUUUGGGAGGUAUUUUGAAGGUGCUUUUAAAGAAUCAUGACUUCAUUGUCUUGACAACUCUUUCUCUAUUAGGAUUUAUUUUAGGACAACUGGCUUACUAUUUUGUUGAGGUGCAUGAAAUUAUUUACCCUCUUCUAAGAACGCCAAGUUUUUCACUUUAUUGUUAUUUUAUACCUUUAAUUACAUUUAUGGUUUCAUUGCAAUUGGACUUUUAUAUACUCAAGAAUGUGUUUUGGCAGGUCUUGUUGACCGGACUGAUUAGCAUUUUUGCUGAACUUGUCAUAAUUGUAUAUGUGGUAAUAAGAUUCAACGAAAGUUCAUGGGAUUUGCAGUGCUGCAUAUUCUUCAGCAUCGCCCUUAUCAUUAUAGACCCUCUUCAUUCUGGGAACUCACUAGAAACGAUUGGCAUUUCUAAAAUGUAUACUGAUUUCUUUAGAGGAGAAUCACUGAUCCUUUGUAGUGUCAUGCACAUUUUUUAUGGAAUUUUUCGGGGUGGCUCAGACGAUAUUAACAUGUUUAGAGAGUUACAUGUAGCUGUGGGAGUCAUCUUGGACAUUUUUGGAAGUAUCGUAUGUGGAUAUUGGUGUGCAAGAGUCAUUGAGUUUAUACUGACUGACCCUUUUAACAAUUCACUGACUAAUAUCGUUCUCAGCUUUUCGUUGGUGUACAUGACUUUCUACAUCGUGGAAUAUCUUGGAAUGUCAGGCAUUGUUGCUUUGAUCACAGUGGGACUGAAUUUAGAUUCCUUAAGCUUUAAAGCAAAUAUGGAGCACUUAAUUACUAAAUUCCUAAUGCUGUUUUCAUCUGUAUAUGAACUUUUAAUAUAUACUUUCUUUGGCAUUGUGAUGGGAUGUGGAGAAAUCGAGUAUUUCAAUUUUCACACUCUAGUUUUCAUUUUCAUCUUAUUCAUGACAGUGAAUUUUGCAAGGAUGAUUACUACUAUUUUAGUGAGUCCUAUUUUGAUGCAUUUGAGACAUGAAUACAACUGGCGAUUGGGAAUUGUUAUCGCCUGGUCUGGAAUUAGAGGAGUUUAUAGCAUACUCUUGGCUCCCGAUAUUUAUAAUCUGGCUGAACAAAAAACAGAGGCUCCACAUAUGUUUAUAUUCUUUGUACAAGCAGUAUCAUUGUUGACUAUGGGAAUAAGCUCAUACAUGAUGACUCAGUCAGCUGAGACAUUAGGUGUGUGUGCUAUUUCCCUCCCAAGACAAAGGGUUAUACAAAAUGUCACUCAUCACAUACAACAGAUUCUACAGAAUACAAUAACUUUAUUUAAAACGGAGAAACUUUUGACAAAUGUUAACUGGACAUUAGUAGAAGAAAAAACAAAGAUUGAAUACAUUAUUUCUCCUGAUACUCUUCAGUUUUCCCAUAUUUUAAGUGCUAGUAGAGAUGAGUGCCCAACGGAUGAAAUUUUACUAGAAGAAGCCAAAUUGCAUGUAGCUCUAAUACAAAUGAGUAGCUUUGAAAAACAGUGCAACGAUGGAGUCAUUGGAGUAGAGGCAGCCCGGAUAUUAAUUGGUGCUACCAAAAUCUAUUGCCUCAUCCAAGGAAAAUUCAUAAGUAUUUAUGAUGUUUCAACUUAUAUAAGAACUAGAAGUUGGCUUAGAAUGUUUAAAAACAUAUUAACUUACCUGGAAUACCAUAAAGAAAGGGGAACUUUUGUUUUACCUGGGAGUAACAGAUUUAUCUUAUAUGUGCACCACAUUGUAUUUUCAGAAGAAUUUGAAUAUGCAGGAUAUAUUAUAACAUUCAUGUAUAUUUAUCCUCUCAUAAUACAUUUAUGGCCAAUGGCAAGAGAGUUAAAUGUGUCAGCGCUGCAUUCAAUAAAUGACUAUUUUUUAUUUUUAUAUGUAUUACAGUCAGCAUUAAAGAUAACAAUUUUGAGAAAGAAAUAUUUCCAACAACAUUGGAAUAUAUUGGAUUUUAUUAUCAUGCUUAUUGGGCUCAUUGACGUCUUUUGUUUGUACUUCGUCACAUUGAGACCGAGCAACUUGUAUCUUAUCCAGUUAACAGUGGUGUUAGGAUAUUUAAGAAUAGCUAGGCUUUUUCCUCUCUUCAAGAUAAUAAUACCAGUUCUGAUACAUGUUAUAGAUGUACAAAUCAAAAAACACCGCAGCUUGGUGUAUACUAUUAUAAAAGGCUAUGUCAAAAGUCAAGAAGAUGCCAAAGUUUUAGUAAAACAAAUUUCUGGCCACGAAUCAGUGUAUCAGAAAUUGCAUGACAUUUUGGAAAAAAACAAACAAGAUGCUGUCAAAGAGCUAGGACUUAUCGAGCAUGAGAAUCGUGAUGUUGUCAUUGCUUUAAAGACUAAGCAGGCAGUCCGGAGAGUGUUUGCUAAAGCUCAGAAACGUCUCACCUUCCUUUGGUCAAGAGGCAUUAUGGAUAGACAUGAAGCCAUCAGUAUGAAUAAGGUAUUUCUUAAGAAAAUAAAAUCCUUGAAUAGUUUUCCAAUGGUAGCUCCACCUCCUACUCCUGGCCAAUACCUCUCUAACAUUAUUUGGUUGGAAAAUAAAGAUGUUCUCAUUGACUUUUUCAAGGAAAGAGCCAAACUUGCCUAUUUUGAUUAUGGAGAUGUUAUCUGUAAAGAAGGUGAAAUGCCACUAGGAAUCUACCUAAUUAUUUCAGGAAUGGCAAGUCUGCAUAGCUCCUCUCCUACCUUUGGCAUAGACUGUACCCAGCAGCCUGACGUAGGGGAAGAAACCCUGUUUACAGAGUACUGCACCAGUGGGGAGGUCCUCGGAGAGCUGAGCUGUCUGCUCAGGGAGGAAGUUAAAUACACUGCCAUCUGCGAAACCACGCUACAGGCCUUCUUCAUCUCAUUGGAGGACUUAUACGAAGGCUUUGACGUCUUCUGGCCUUCCCUGGAAUAUAAAAUAUGGCUCAAUCUUGCUCUUCAGGUUGCUUAUCAAUAUUUUGAACCAAAUAUUGCUGAUGAGGACUUAGAUUUUCAGAAGUGUGUGAUGAGCAAACACGCCUAUGUGGAGAAUUUACUAAUCUACAACGAGAUGACGCUGAGACCCGAGACCAUGAAGUUUGUUAUUAUUGUGUACGGCAACGUGAUUAACAGCGCCACGGAGGAGCCGUACAUUGCUCCUUGCAUAAUCCCUAAAACCUGUGAGCAGAUUCAGGGAACUGCAGAUGUAAGCAAGCUGCUGAUAAUUCAAUCAUCUGAGGCCAACACAGAUGAUCGCAACAAUCCCUUAGUAAACCCUGCGCGCACAGUCAAGAAAGAAUAUCAGUUGAAGAAAAAAGAUAAGCACAAAACUGGACGUCAUUUCAGAAAACCACGUUAAUGAUACAAAUACGAUGUGUGGGUCAGGUUAAAGACUAAGCUAACGUCCUGGCGUGAAUGCUGAGGGAUUACCUGGCGAGGAGUUUAUUAUUGAAAUAGUUUACUGCUGCAUUUAUUUUAUAAGCAAUUGAUGGACUGGUGUAAAAACUCUGAUUUUAAAUAUGUGCAGUAUAGUUGAGAUGUUCAAAAAUUUCAGGAUAAGAUGCUCUAAAAGUUCUAGGCUACCAGAUGAAAACCUGCCUUUACCCAAGAGCCAGUUAUAAUAAGUUACAUUGUUAAUGUACUACUGUAGCAGAAGAUCUGUCAUUUUUGUGAAGUUGCUAUACUUAGUGCCGCCCUGAUAAUUUCCAGAGUACAGUUAUUCUUCCCUCCAAAGUUCAGUAAACGUUGAAAAGUGUAACUAUGUUCUACAAUCUUGGCUACUAAAAGCAAAGUUUGGGAGGAAUGAACAUUCUCGGU